AUAAACAUAUAAGAGUUCAAUGCUCCACCAAACUGGGCAUGUUGUGAAAUCUGAGCUGCCCUUUAUCUCUGCCUUGAGAGAGAAACAGGAGAGAAUAUUGAUUCUACGUGGACGUGCAAGAGGAAAACCAUGGCUGUAUUUUCAUUUUUGAGCCCGUUUUAUGUUGCUAUUAUCUGCCUUCUAAUUGUCAUAAUCUUACAAAGUAAGAAGAAAGGGAAAGGUGGGGAAAAAAGUGAAAUUGAGAGCAAAGCAGAAUCGCGUCCAUGGGUGGAUGAAGAUCUUCAAGACAGCACUGACCUCGUAGUAGAGGGAGAUGAAGAGAAAGAUGAACGGAUUGGCAUAGAGGAAGAAAAUAUCCUGCAUAUUCCCUUUAGCCCGCCACGUUACUCUGAACAGGAAAUGGUGAAAAGAUCAAAGGAAUUUUAUGAAUUGCUCAACCAAAGAAGAUCUGUGAGGUUUAUCAGUGAUGAUCCAGUCCCGAAAGAAGUCAUUGACAACAUCAUCAGAGCAGCAGGGACAUCACCUAGUGGAGCUCAUACGGAACCCUGGACAUUUGUGGUUGUGCAAGAUCCAGAGCAUAAGCAUAAGAUUCGGGAGAUUAUUGAAGAAGAGGAAGAAAUUAACUACCGAAAAAGGAUGGGAGAUAAAUGGUUGAAUGAUCUGAAACCGCUAAGAACAAAUUGGGUAAAGGAAUAUCUAGACACUGCACCUUUCUUGAUCUUAAUCUUCAAACAAGUAUAUGGAAUACUUUCCAGUAACAGAAAGAAGACUCAUUAUUACAAUGAGAUCAGUGUGUCAAUCGCAUGUGGAAUCCUCUUGGCAGCCAUUCAGAAUGCAGGUUUGGUUACUGUAACUACAACACCUCUAAACUGUGGACCCCGGCUCAGACUGCUACUUGAACGUCCUGUCAAUGAAAAAUUACUCAUGCUGCUUCCUGUUGGUUAUCCAAGCAAGGAUGCAACUGUACCAGACUUGAAGAGGAAGCCUCUAGAGGACCUCAUGGUGGUUUUUUGAAAAGCAACAUUCCAAAAUUGCAUAAACUCUCUAUAAAAAAUACAUUUAAAUAUAGUCAGGUAUGGAUCAUGAGAUCUACAUAACAAAGGUCAUUAGGUCGACAACUAUUGUUCGACAUGCAUUAGAUCAAUAGGGUCAAAAGGUUGAAACAUGAAAAGAUCAACCUGGCAAAAGGUUGACAGUAGGAAAGGUCAACAGGGUAAAAAGGUCAACACAUGAAAUGGUAAACAUGAGAAAAGUUUGACACAAAAAAGGUCAACACAAAUAUUUUAAAUGGUUUUUCUUGCCAUUUUCACCGUCAAAGCAUGGGGAGCCCCAAGUAGUUUACUGCAUUUUCUUGCAUGGCUCGAUUCGCUCGCUAUGCUUUGGCCAAGGUGCCUCGCUCUGCUGACGCUGCGCUUGGCGCAGAUUGAUAUUCCCUAUCCACGUGGAUGGUAAAGUAUGAAAAAGUUGAUUAGAAUGCUAAAAAAACAAAACAAAAAACAAUGUUGACCAUAUGUGUGUCGACCAUUUGAAUCGGUCGAUCUUUUGCACCUGUCGACCAUAAGCACUGUUGACCUUUUACAUGUAAACUUAUUGUCUAUGUUGACCUUUUGACCAUGUCAACCUACUGCAUGUUGACCAUUAGUGGUUCACCUAAUGACUGUCGACCUUUACAUGGAUGACCAGGUACGAAAAUAGUCAGACAUAGCAUUCAGAAUUGUAAGUCAUAUGCAUCUACUGUAAUCCAUACUUGCCUACCUGACCCUCUCCAUGGAGAGGGUCAGGUAGGCAAGUAUGCUGUAAUCACCAUUUAACUCAGCAAAUAAAAUAUUCUUGCGUUGUCUUA